UUUGAAAGACAGGUAGAUUUCAACAAUUUUCACAAUACUCUAUUAACUUUGAAUAAUAUACUUAGAUAUGAAGGACUAUACAAUUGCCGUAUUGGGAUGUGGUGUUAUGGGAACUGCUGUGACAUCAGCAAUUCUUAAGACCAAAUUUGAUCCAUACCCAGCUAAAAUUAUCUGUUGUACUGGAUCCGAAACUCUGGCCAAGAACUUAACUGCUAAGCUUGACGGUGGCGAUUUAAUAGAGACUUCUUUCGGGAAGGAAUCCAACAACAAGGCCGUUGCAAGAGCCGACGUUAUUAUCUUGGGAUGUAAGCCAUUCAUGUGUGAAGAAGUGUACAACCAAGUAAAGGACUCUUUGACUGGGAAGCAAUUGGUCAUUUCUCUUCUUGCUGGUUGGACUAUUGAACAAUUGAGAAUAUUUUCUCCUUACAUUGCCAGAGUUAUGACCAACACCCCAGCUCAAUUUGGAUGUGGUAUGGCUGUUGUUUCCUUUUCUCCAGAAGCUGAAGAAGAAUACCAAGACUUGGUGAUGAAGUUGACCGAUCCAGUCGGUAAGGCUAUCAAACUUCCAGAAAAGAACAUGGAUGCAGCCACUUCCUUGGUCGGUUCUGGACCUGCGUUCUGCUUGCUUGUUAUGGAAGCCUUGAUCGAUGGUGGUGUUCGUAUGGGGAUUCCAUUUGCAGCAGCAAAGGAAUGUGCUGCAAAGGUCAUGGAAGGAACUGCCAAGAUGGUGAUAGAGACUGGAGAACACCCAGCAGUUUUGAGAAGUAAGGUGUGUACCCCAGGGGGUACCACCAUUGGUGGCUUAAUGAAAAUGGAAGAUGCUGGUGUUAGAAGUGGGAUUGCUAGAGGUGUUGAAGAAGCAGCAAACAUUGCCACUUCUUUAGGAAAGAAGAAAUAAACCUAGAAAUUGAAACUUUAAACUCAUCUUGUAUAUUUAUUUAUGCUUAUCAUUAUCUAUAAAAAUAAAAC